CAGGCGGCCAGCGGCGGAACAUGUAAGGGCACAUCCCUCGAGCUGCAGCCCUUCGUGCAGACGGAGUUCGAGGGAGGCUCGGGCGGGUGUGCGGACCAGUAGGCGCUGGGCACGGCAGCAACGCGCCAGGCGGAUCGAGCGAGGCGGAGGAGCGAGGGCGGCGAGCUGAAGCGAGCGGCCGGCGCGCGGCCACCCGCACGCUCUGUCCAGGCAGGGGUAUCUGCGCGGGCGGGCUCACUGGGCAUUCGGGGCACAGGUGGGCAGGACGCGCGGCCAGCGGGUCCCGGGCGCCACAUUUCGGCGCCGCAGAGGAGGAAGAGGCGCCGCGUCCGCCGCAGCCUCGUCCCUUGCUCGGGAUCUCGGGUCGCCCAUGACGGCGGCGACGACCGUGCUUAAGGAGGGCGUGCUGGAGAAGCGCAGCGGAGGGCUGCUGCAGCUGUGGAAGCGCAAGCGCUGCGUGCUCACUGAGCGCGGGCUGCAGCUCUUCGAGGCCAAGGGCACGGGCGGCCGGCCCAAGGAGCUUAGUUUUGCUCGCAUCAAAGCCGUGGAGUGCGUGGAGAGCACAGGGCGCCACAUCUACUUCACUCUGGUGACGGAGGGGGGCGGUGAGAUCGACUUCCGCUGCCCCCUCGAAGACCCCGGCUGGAACGCCCAGAUCACCCUGGGCCUGGUCAAGUUCAAGAACCAACAGGCCAUCCAGACAGUGAGAGCUCGGCAGAACCUCGGGACCGGAACCCUCGUAUCCUAAAACAGGCUGACAUCUUACUGUCAUGCCCCCUGCCUCUGUGGUAUUCAGAGUUCAUGCCAGCUGCCCUGCAUCCCUUUGCUGGUGGGGGCCAUGACUGUGCUCCAUGUGUCAAGGCAGAAGCUAUGGACAUGUGGAGGAGGCAUCGGAGUUGAAGGAGUGGACAGGCCAGAGAAGGAGAGCGGAAGGCUGUGUGGAGCUGAGGAUGAAGAUUCAGCUCCGAGAGAGACUGACAGGUCAUAUUCAGCUCAGAGCCUUCCAGCCACAGGCCUGGCCCCCUGUAUCAUGAUGUGAGCUGGCAUCGAAUCCUCUGCCUGCUGUGGCCCUUCCAUCAGUUCUGCAGACUGCUAUUGGCCCCUGCCCUUGCUUCAUGGCUGGAGGAGGGCAAACCCCCAUGGGGUGGUAAGCAGACACCUCAGGACUCAAGAGGCUGGCUUGGUGUCCAGAAGAGGCACCACCUUGGGACAGCCUGGAACUCACCUUGAGGAGAGAGAGCUGCUGGGCCUGAGGCUUGCACCUGGGGAUCUCCUGCUGCUUAGAUCCUUUGAGACCCCCACCAUCCAGGCCCUCUCUUUGCACAUGUCUUCCCCCACCUCUACCCAUGUUCCCUCCUGUGAUGCUGGUCCUGGAGGGUUUGCUGGUGAGGUUUGGCCAUUACCAUUUCAUGCCUAUUCCAGAAUGAAGAUGCCCUGCAAAGGGUAGUAAC